ACGAUGAGUCGCUUCCUGAACGUCCUGCGGAGCUGGUUGGUGAUGGUGUCGGUGAUCGCGGUGGGAAACACGGUGCAGAGCUUCAGGGACCACAGCUUCCUGUCAGAGAAGCUCUACACGGGAACGCCGGAGUUCGUAAACGGUCUCCAAGCUCGGACCUUUGGGAUUUGGACUUUGCUGUCAUCAGUCAUUCGCUGUGCCUGUGCCAUUGAUAUCCAGAACAGAACGUUGUACCACAUCACCUUAUGGACCUUUGUGCUGGCACUGGGCCACUUCUUGUCUGAAGCCUUCCUCUACAAAACUGCACCUCUUACUAUUGGAGUCAUGGCACCACUGAUUGUUGCAGGUUUCUCCGUCAUAGGGAUGCUCAUUGGAUUCCAGUGCUUUCCUGAGUCCCAGGAAGAAGUUGGUGCACGGCAGAAAAAACGUAACUGAAUCACACACAGGUUCUAGUGUUCUGCACAAGAUCUAAAUCUACAAUAAUUCUUUGUGUGACUUUGUAAAGAUUACUUGCAGCUCGGUCCACGUGUGUUUUAUUGUUUUGUUUGAACUUAUUGUCAGGUUUGAAAGAACUACAACCUCAUGUAUGAUAAUUCUACACUACAAUUAUUAGUUUAGUCUCUUCUGGGCAAUACAUGGUUAAUUUUGAAGUAUAAAGCUGAUCUCUGUAACAUAGAUGUGUCAAUAAUUACAGAAAUAAGUGUAAGUAGAUUUAUUUAAGAAUGUUGAUAAUUUAAUCCUCAACCACUUCCUAUUUAGUUUUUAUUCAUGAUUCACCAAAGAAAUGUAAUAUUCUCUAAAUUUAUAGAAGUGUUACCAGCAAUUGUUGUUAGUGUUUGUUCUGUGCUGUAAAUGUUGAUUCUGAUUGAUGAUUCUUCUUAUAUUAUUAUUAUUUUUUUUUGAGUUUUCUAAUGCAGUUUUCUAAUGGCAAAUUUAAGCAUGCGAAACAUGUACUGUCUGUUGCUUGGUGCAUUAUUUUGAUGACUGUUAUUGUCCUGAUCUGAUCUUAUAUGUGCAUUUGUAUAUGAGGUAUUUUAAAAUAUAGAAAACAAGGCUCGUU